GAGACACGCGCGCUGGCUGAUGGGAAAGAAAACAACCCUAAACAGGCGGUUAGCUUUGAAUAAACAAACCACGUGGUCGUGAAAAAAGCUGAUGAAUUUAUUCAAGCUGUUGUUUUGGUGUUUUGGUGUAAAAUGCGCGCUGUAAACGUCCACAAACAGCAUGAACGACGGGAGGAAGAACCGCAGCAGCUCGGUGCGUGAAGAUUGUGAGAUUGUGCCGAUAACACAGAGCAGGUUAAAAGUAAACAGACUGAAAAGGAGCCCGAGAACAAACCAGAAAUCACACAAUACUGACACCAGUGUGGGAAAAGAUUUCAAAACACCGACUCGUGUAACGAAGCUGGGGUUCAGGAGCAUCAGGGCAGAUGAGUCCCCGAACAACGACUCUGAGCUUCAACAUGAAAUCAUCUGGGACCCGACGUCACCCGCGACUCCCGUCAGGAACGGGCGGGGCCGAAGGAGAACCGCCGCUUUCAAAUCCGUGGACGUAUCCGACAUUGUCAACAGGAUUGCUCCAAAGAGCAAGCGGUCGGAAGACGCGGACUCGACUUUGCUGCAGUGGAUCGGAGACACGGCUGUUCCGUGCACUCCGGAAAUCCGAGAGCCCAGGACCAAGCCCAAACAAGCAAGACCAAAUCUCGUGGACGACCUGCUGAAGUUAGCGAAGCAGUUUGAUUUCAACAUGAUCCAACAGGAGGAAGCGCAUCUCAAACCAGACGCUCAGAGCUCUGCCGGAGACACGUGCGAAGAUCAGGAUCUGUUUUUUGAAGAGGACGUCCCACUAGCUUUACCUCACACUCGCUCCGAAGCUUCGAAGCCAUCCCUGCGUUUAGAGGACACCAAAAUGAACAGCAGCGAUCUUGUAGCUGAUCCAGAUCUUGUACAGGAACUGGAGGACGAUCUGGAUUUGCUCUUCGAGUGUUCGACGCAGCAGCUCAGUGGUGGUUUGAGCCAGGGUUCCAGCACUCGGUCUCAGGACGUGGUCACAUUCACUCCACAGCUUGGCCUGAAAUCUGACUCGGUAAAGAACGCGUGUAGUGUCACUCGAGUGGGCGGAGCUUCGGAAUCGAGCGCCGCUAGCGUGCGUGUGGCCUCACCAACAGUCAGCACGAUCAAGCAGAUGGGAGUGGCUGAUGACUUUGAUGAUGACUGGAACAAUGACAGUUUUCUGGAUGACUCACUGGUGAUGGAGAUGACCCAAAACCCAGAGCUGUUCUCCGCACCUCAGUGCAGCUCCACACAGAAACGGACAAACAGAAACAACGUUUACCACCAGAACGGUGACACAGAAGCAAAGUACGGAGAAUCGCAAAGGUUCAACCAGAGACUCGACAGUGCAACAGGAAGUGAGAGAGUUGGCCAAAGUAGAUUUAAUUUCAAAAGCAAUCUAAAAACACAGGUCAAAGAUCCUGGAUCCCACAGUGUAUCUAAAACUGUCUCUCAACCCGAGAACCCAGUGAAAAACCGACAACAAGCAGCAACCACUAGCGCUAAUGCCACACGGAGCUCUUUGUCAGUUUCCAGAUCGGAUUCACCUAGAUCUGUCCCCUCAGUCACUAUAGAGACCGCUCGCACUUUCAGGGUCAGUAAGGUCAAUAAGGAGACGGAAAACACCCCGAAUGUAGAGAAUAACGUCCUCUGUGAUUUCGCCGCUGAGGAUUUGGACUCCAUUUUUGCGUCAGAUGACAUCUGGGACGACGGUGCAGACGAUCUGUUCUGCGAAGCCUGCGAUAAGAUGGAAGAAUCCAUGGCUGAACCAGAGCCGAAAGCACAGAGCAGUCGCACACAGAGUACUCUAAACACCACGAGUAAACGAGAGAGCGGGUUUAUAACGCUUCAUAGCACUUCAGCACCAGAUAAGGACGUCAGCAUGAUGAUGUCGUCUGAGAGAAUAUCCAGACGUAGCCACGUCAAAAGCACUACAGGAUCAGGAAGCGCCACCUAUAACGCGGCUAGACAAGUCAGCGAGAGCGCCACGGUAACCGCCAGCCAAUCUUAUCAAAGAAUACAAGAUGUCCACAGGUUCAGAAAUCCUCAUAGCACCUUUAAAGCUGCACCGGCUGUAUCAAAAGAUGUGAAUAAAGCGGUGGUGACGAGAUGCAGCGACGCUGAGAUCGAGAGGAAGAAGCAGCAGGCCAUGGAGAGGCGGAGACUCAGAAUGCUGGCCAAUCAGAAUCUUCGAGCUCCAGUAUGACAUCAUGUAGCCACUGUCAAUGGUGGCAGGCACUAAUUUGCCCUGUGAUGGGAUGAAAGUGUGAAGUGAAUCUUCUCACGGUCAGUCGGUCUGAAGAGAAUCUCUAACAGCUGAGUCUCAGCAGGGGCUUGUCAGCUGAACGCGCUCUGCUCCGGCCCUUACACAUUCACACUGUAGCUACAGGAAAUCAGGAGACACUUUAGUCAUUACGCAGCACAUCUGGCACUUUUGAACGCUAGUUCGUCUCUGCUCAGUGUUUGUAUGUAGUGGACGUUUUGUUCCUGAUGAAACUGGUGCUUAAGACUUUCUGUUUGUUUGUCUUGUAGAAAUGUUAUUUUUGUUGUACACAUGAAAAAGAGAUCCCAGCCUCCAAAGUCACUCAUAGUGAAGUGGGUAAUAUCUUAAUACUGCUUUAUUUACAUUCUUUUAAAUUUAUCAAUAAAACCAAUUUCUUUUAAAUUUAUCAAUAAAA